GGUAACGGCACCCAGCCUGUGUUGACACCCAGAGCCCAGGGGACUCGCCUGGGAUACCGAACUGCGGGCUUACUGUCCUGGAUCCAGACAAAACAUGCCGGCGGCACAGGAGACGGCAGCGACGCGGGCACCACUACCGGCAGCAAACAUGGCGCAGACCGGGCGCAACAGAGCACCGAACAGCAAGGAAUCCCCGCGGCCGGUGGUGAGGCUGGUGGUGACGGACACCGAGCUCGGGGACCAGGAGGCAGUCCCAUUUAAAUCUAUGGACCUUGCGCGUGUGCUCAAAUUAUUCGAAGACCCUUUCUCUCGAGAUUUAACAGAACGCCAUGUGCGGGUUUUGAAAAAAAUAUCCAAACAUUAUUGCAAUGGUAUCCCUUUAAAAGAUUUGACACAAAUAAUAAAAAUUCUGAAUAUUUGUGCUCAAAGGAUUGAAAACCAUAAAGAUUUCAUAGACCCUAUGUGUGAAAUUAUAAAGCUUUUCGGGCUGCCUUUUCUGAAAGAGAAAUCAUCAGAUGAACUAAAUUAUGCAAACGCAGUCAUGCAAUCAAUAUCUCAGUUGGGCUGCUUGAUGCGGGUCCCGAGCUCUCUAGUAAGGAUACAGAUAUGCAAUUCCAUUGCCAAUUUUUAUAAUCCAGAGUCCGUUAAACAACCGAUUGAAGGUUUUCAACCAACCAAUGUACAUUUCAAGAUCCAGAUGGCUGAAGCAGGCGGCUUGGCUGAGACUCUGGUAUUGUCUCUAACAUUGGUUGAGAAUCAUCUGCAGGAGAAGAUUUCCAUGCUUAAAGUAUUGCAGCUUCUGUCUUCUACUUCUGAGAAUUGUAAGCUUAUGACAAAAGCCCAAGCUGGCAGCAGAAUUUGCUCCCGACUAAAUGACCCAGAUCCGUCUGGACAGCUUCUUUUCCGUUCUUCUGAAAUUUUGUGGAACCUGUUGGAAAAUGGACCCAAGGAAGAGCUCAUUAGUCAGCUUAGCACCAUAGAGUGCAUCUAUCCAUUAAAAGAUUCGUUUGUGCGACUUCUGACGAACGGUAACAGACAUUAUGACCGCCAACUUAGAAAUGAUCUACUAGUAAUUGCUACAUUGAUUGCAGAAAACAAUGUGACGCCAAUGAUUGAAAGUGGAUUUGCCAAGCAACUUAUCUUGUUUGCUACAUUUUCAGAAGUGAAAAGUCACAAUCCUUUGGUUAAAAAUCUAAAACUUUUACACAACCAUGAAGAUUUUGAAAUGAAGAAAUUGCUGUUCAAUAUGCUUGUGGUCUUAGCCAAAGAAUUUUCAGCAAUUCAGCUGCUCAGUGAUGGGAAGGUGGUCUUAGCCCUUUUUAACUAUGUAAAAGCAAAUGAAAAGCCUGGAAAAUAUGACUGGCCUGCAGCCCGCUUUGAAGACCUGCAGCUCCAUGCCAUCGCAACCUUGACAACAGUAGGUCCCUUACUGCUGGAAGACUACAUGACCUGUCAAGGAAACACACGCAUCCUUCUGUUCCUUGAUUGGUGUGUCAGCCAAGAUGCUUUCUCUGGCCAGGGCAACUGUUUCCAUGGUGUUGGUGGCCGUGGAAACAAGCACGCCCACAUGCGCUACAGCUUAAGGCUGCUAAGGUCUGUUGUGGCCCAGGGGGAUGAGACUGUGAAUCAAGACCUUUGUGAUCAGGGAGCAAUUAGCCAACUCUUGGGAAUAUUGAGGAAAUUAUUGACUGAUGUGGAUGGGAAAGAAGACGGUGUUCUUCUGGAAAUUCAAGCGGACAUACUGUUCAUAUUAUCCACUGCAUGUGAAAACGAUCUUCAUAAAAAGGAGUUAUUUGGCACAGAUGGGGUAGACCUGUUACUCCAGUUGCUCAAGAUGGAUUCCUCUAAAUUCUAUAGCGGCCUAGGUCACAACAAACUGAUCUUUUGCACAUUGGACUGUAUUUGGUGCUGUAUUAUAGGAUGUUUCUCAUCAGAGGACUAUUUCCUUGAAAAAGAAGGCAUGUUUAUAAUUCUGGAUUUAUUAGCUUUAAAUGUGAAAAACAUGAUCAACAUAGUGCUUGGAAUCUUGGUGGAAUUUUGUGACAAUCCUAAAACUAUUCCACAUAUUGCAACAUGGCGAGGGAAGGGGAAUGAGACAGCCGCUAAGCUUCUUCUGCAGCUGUGGAAGGAAGAAGAGGAAGAACUGGGCGUAAGACGAGAUGAAUAUGGACGUAUUAUUGAUGUGAAGAAACCUUUAGUUGGACAGUUCCAGGAAGCUCAGGAGGUGACACCAGUGCCUGCUAACUCUUUCAGUAUUGCAAUCAUUGAAGUGGCUGAGAACACUAGAGCAAAACUUUAUUCCAUAUUUUCUAAAAUUGGUUUUGACAACCUGCCGGGUUUAUCAACACUAGAUUAUGUCACACUUAGUGUGAUUAGUAGAUAUCUUGAUUUUAAAGUUGGAGAAGUUUGGCGUGAAAUCAGAGAAGAGCUGAAAGCUGAGAAUAUUAAACCAGUAACCUCUGAUCAGGAAGUCUUGGACGUUAUUGCAAAAGCUACAGAAAACAUUAGUAAAACUGUUGCCUCUCACCAGACAGAAAUAAUUGAAAACCAGCAACAAACUGAACUUCAAGAAGAACAGCAAACAUAUGCAGAGAUGAAAUCAAACAACAAGCAGAUUGAAUUAGUCAUGAAAUCUUGGGAUAAUUUCCUUGCUCGGACAUCAAAUUAUGAGUCUUUAAAGAAAGCAAAGCGCCUGCAGGAAAAAUCUAUAGAAUCUUCUAGGCCUAAAGCGAGACCAAAAAAUGCCAUUAUCCAUUCAACUCAAAUUCCCCAUCUUAAUACCACAGUUGCCUCCGGCCGUCUGGUGACUGUAGAAAGUACACCUUCCCAUCUCAUUGGAGGGCCACUAGCAGACACAGAUAUCGCUGUAAAAAGAGUUUCCAUACGUGGCGGAGCUCUGCAGAAGACCAUGAGUGUUAAAAUGUUCAACCAACACAGCAUAGACUAGGUGUCUCUCAAAUAAACUAUGUUCCAUUUCAUUUUAUUUACAAGUAACCUAUUUAUAGAUGCACUUCAUGUACAGUGGAUAUAAAUUUAGAAGGCAGAUGAGAACCACACAGGCAAUCUAGCCUGGCCAUUUUUC